AUGGAAGCGUCAUUGAUGUCGCUCUCGUUCCUGCAGCUCACCUUCACGGCGGUUGCGGCGAUCGCGGCGCUGGCCGUCGCGGUGGCCGUCACGAGGUACAACCGGAGGUACAUGGGCCUGAGGCUGCCUCCGGGCCCGCCCGGGUGGCCCAUCGUCGGGAACCUCUUCCAGGUGGCGUUCUCCGGCAAGCUCUUCAUCCACUACAUCCGCGACCUCCGCAAGGAGUACGGCCCCAUCCUGACGCUGCGCAUGGGGGAGCGCACGCUCGUCAUCAUCAGCAGCGCCGAGCUGGCGCACGAGGCGCUGGUGGAGAAAGGGCGGGAGUUCGCGAGCCGGCCCCGGGAGAACACCACGCGCAACAUCUUCUCCUCCAACAAGUUCACCGUCAACUCCGCGGUGUACGGCGCCGAGUGGCGGUCGCUGCGCCGGAACAUGGUGUCCGGGAUGCUCAGCACGUCGCGGCUCAGGGAGUUCGCGCACGCCAGGAGGCGCGCCAUGGACCGGUUCGUGUCGCGGAUGCGCGCCGAGGCCGCGGCGUCGCCCGAUGGCGCGUCCGUCUGGGUGCUCCGGAACGCGCGCUUCGCCGUGUUCUGCAUCCUGCUGGACAUGACCUUCGGCCUGCUGGACCUCCACGAGGAGCACAUCGUGCACAUCGACGCCGUCAUGAAGCGCGUGCUGCUCGCCGUCGGCGUGCGCAUGGACGACUACCUCCCGUUCCUCCGCCCGUUCUUCUGGCGGCACCAGCGCCGUGCCCUCGCUGUCCGCCGCGAGCAGAUCGACACUCUGCUCCCGCUCAUCAGCAGGCGCCGCGCCAUCCUCCGCGACAUGAAGAGCUCGUCGCCGCCCGACCCCAACGUCGCCGCGCCCUUCUCGUACCUCGACUCCGUGCUCGACCUCCACAUCGAGGGCCGGGACGGUGCGCCCACCGACGACGAGCUGGUCACACUCUGCGCGGAGCUUAUAAACGGCGGCACCGACACCACGGCCACCGCGAUCGAGUGGGGCAUGGCGCGUAUCGUGGACAACCCGUCCAUCCAGGCACGGCUCCACGAGGAGAUCAUGCAGCAGGUCGGCGACGCGCGGCCCGUGGACGACAAGGACAUCGACGCCAUGCCCUACCUCCAGGCUUUCGUCAAGGAGCUCCUCCGGAAGCACCCGCCCACGUACUUCUCGCUCACCCACGCCGCCGUGCAGCCCGGGUCCAAGCUCGCCGGCUACGACGUGCCCGUGGACGCGAACCUGGACAUCUUCCUCCCGACCAUCUCCGAGGACCCGAAGCUGUGGGACCGGCCGACGGAGUUCGACCCGGACAGGUUCGUGUCCGGCGGCGAGACGGCGGACAUGACGGGGUCGGGCGGGAUCCGGAUGAUCCCGUUCGGCGCGGGGCGGAGGAUCUGCCCCGGGCUCGCCAUGGGGACGACGCACAUCGCGCUGAUGGUGGCGCGGAUGGUGCAGGCGUUCGAGUGGCGCGCGCACCCGUCGCAGCCGCCGCUGGACUUCAUGGACAAGGUGGAGUUCACGGUGGUGAUGCACCGGCCGCUGCUCGCCGCAGUGAAGCCCCGAAACCUCUCCUUCUGA